AUGUCCACAGAGUCGUUUACUACACAGGGUCAAGGGCAAUCUUUUGACCCUCCAGCUGCCACCUUUUAUCAAGAACUCGAGCAUCUGACGACGUUUAUCAACUGGGCUACCAAGGAGAUAUGCCCCAAGGAAGACACUGUUUGCCAGAGCCGGGCAGCAGCCUUGUCCAAUGCCGUGAGUCUGGACAUUUCGUGGGACUCGACACGUCGAACUUUGAGGGUCUCGUCACUGUUCCCGUUGAGUGAGCAAAGCACCAGCGUUUCCGGCUCUCCCACUAGGCGAACGGAGGUGGGCAUGUUUUCCAAAGAUGCGCCGCCUAACCAAAAGCCUCACGAAGUCGGAGUAUCAGGGUUGCUCUCUGUUCUUGGCGAGAACAAGAAGCCUUCAGGAACACUUUUUGGUUUCCCAUCACGGCAUCGCGCGACCGAGGCUGAGUUUUCAGCCCGGUUUGUCUCUCCCACGGGUCUCCACCCAACUUUGCGGUUGACAGUGAGCUCGAACAAACCGCCACCCACAGAAGAUGAAUGCGGCCUCUAUGCAUACUUCACCCUCCCCAAGACGCUUUUUGCGGAUCGAUACCAGUUUGCCGACCAGCUCUUGUUAGCGUCCAAGAAUUUGACGGCUUCAAGAUACACAAGCCUCCCUGUUGACUUGGAAGCACCAGCAUAUACCACAAAAAAAUGGGGCUCCAGUGUCUUGCUGCAACUAGCACCCCCCAGCUCCAACGAGGCGGAAACUUGGACGGCCGAGGUGCCUCUGCAUCUCCGGUACCUCGAACCGUCUGCGAGCGGCAAAGUCGACAUUGAGGUCCCCUACCCAGCGGUGUUCUGGGCAUGUGAGCUUGGCGCCAAUGCCGACCUAUCCAACAAUCCUUUUGACAGAAGCCGACUAGGUUAUGACGGGCUAUUCAGUGACAAUACAGUUUUUUGGCACGCCACGCCGCGGCCAGCUGUGGGAAACAGAAUCAUGGCGCCCAUAUCGGUGCCGGUUCUGAAAGAACAUGGAGUCUCGUUGGUUGGGUUUGGGACUGCAGCAGCUGUGUCGCUGGGUUUUGCAUGGGUGUUGUGGAAGUUGGCUGCUGUAUUUGCAGUAUCCGGGUAUGAAAGCAUGACGGGCGAGGUGCAAGAGGAGAGCAAGAAGAGCAAGUGA